UAUGAGCGGCGCUGCGGCUGCCCUCCCGGUGACAACGGAGCGGGUGGUGCGAGGGGCCAUCUUUAUAAUAAAGUUAUUAAGCAGAGUGUGUACCUGUGUGUGGUAAUGUGCGGGGAGAAAUGCGGCUAAUGUGCGGGAUCUGCGCAGAGAUGGUCUGCGUGAAAUGGGCAGAAGUUAUACUGUAGUGCUGCCAGGCUGCUCCCAUGAUAAAGAGGCCUCGGCGCUUGCACAGUCCCUGCAGGCCCGUCAGACCGCUGACCUGGUGCCGAAGAAAAUUGUGGAUCCAUAGGACGAUGGACACUUACUUUCAAGCAGCAGUUGUUGAUUUGGAUAAACUGCUGGAUGAUUUUGAGCAGAAUACAGAUGAGUUGGAAACCUACCAGUCAUGUGACACACCUCUUGACCCAAACCAAAGUGCUCUUUCUUCAGGUGACUUCUACCUGCAGCCAGAUUUCUCAGCUCCCAGGAAGCAGUCCUAUGGUAAUAGUCAUGAGGACCCUCCGUCGUCAAUCUCUCCGAAUGAAGAAGAGCUUAAAAAUGUUACUCCGGUCUCACAAGGUGAAAGAAAUGUCAGCGGCCCAGAUCUCUUAUCUUGUGUAGAGGAAGGAAUGUCCAAUGAAGGUGAAUCCAGCACCGGCAGGAGUAGUGUUCCUAUAUGUGACCUUAUCAGUGACACUGGCAGCUUGCUUCAUACAGCAAGCAGCAAUGAGUCCUUAAUUCCUGAUGCCCUCCAGCCAAGCACAAAUGUGGUCUCCGACCUUGAAUUACUUUCUGACCCAGGUUUCUUUACAGUCCCAGCUUCAGAUCUGACCACUUCAUUGGGAAAUGAGGAGCUGUGUUGUGCAGAUGUCUCUACAAGGAACUCAGACUGGUUACCUGGAAGGCAAUCAGAUCUGCUCAACCUGAGCCCUGAAGUUAGUAAUACGAAUGUCAAUGCCGCCUCUGAUUUUACUGCUCAAGUAGACGACGCAAGAGAAGCUUCAGACAUUGCUUCUAGUAUUGAUUCCACCAGUACAUCAAGUUCGUCGAGCACUGACGGCUAUGUCAGCGAUGAUCUCUGUUAUGAGACAUUGCCUGAUGAUCAAACUGACCUGGAGUCAAGGGUACAGGCGGAUACACUAACUUUUCAGCCUAAGCAACUAACAGCAAAUUUAGAUUUCCCUGCAGAAAAUGUCGACUUUGGUUCGGAAAGUGAGAUUUAUAGUAAUUUAGGCGCUUGCCAAAAUGAAUGUCCGUCUGUGGAGAAGCCUGGGAUCUCAAGUGUCAUCUCCUCAGAAUGCGAUGAUGAAAUAUCUAAGGUAUCAGCGCCGACUCCUCACACCAAAUCUCUGCCUUUCUCAAAUUGUGCUACACAAGAUGAUUCGCCUGUGAAAGACAACGCAAUGAAGCUGUAUAACCAAGCCUCAGAAGAAGUACCAGCUGAGGUCUCACAACACGACUCUGAGAUACCAAGUUGUAAAACUGCAUCCUUACAACCUACACCUCUGCCAACACCUACAGAGAAACGUAAAGCCAAUGACGUUAAAUCAACAGAUGAUGAUAUCCCACCACAACCUGUUACCAAACUGCCUACAGUGGAAACAUGCAAGCCCAUUCCCCCGAGCCCAACCCUUAAAGACGAUAUUUAUAGCCCUGGUUUUGAAAAUGCUGUAUUAUCUGAUUUCAUAAGUGACCAUAAUGACCUGUUGUUAAGUGACACAUACAUUAGUGACGCAGAGCUUGAUGCUUUUCUUGGUGUGGAAAGUGUUCCUUUGAAUAAGGAAACUGCUUUGGAAAACCGCCCACCUUGUGAUUUAACCUUGGCUGAAUCCGGUGGGACUGACACUGUUGGCGAUGAGUCUCAGGAAGUAGAAGGCAAAGCACUGAGCAACACGGUGGAUAUUUCACAGAAUAAAGCUGCUGCUUCACCUCCGCCUCAAAAUAAAGGGAAUCUUUCUGGUGCUACUAUGGUUUGCCACAUUGGCGGUGCUAGGCCAAAACAGUUGUUUAAUCAGCCACCAAAGUCUCUGUCUCUUAGGCAACCUGAUAAGCUAAAUAAUCAGAUUGUAGACCAAAUGCCUGAAGAGUCUGGAUCAAGCAGCGUGCAUUCACCCAGUGCUUUGCAAGGGUCGGUGAAUGAAGAUACUGAUGAGAGUCCUGAGCUCAGUGUGAUGGAAGCAUUGGAAAGACCUGAGAAUGAGGCAUUGGAAAAUCCUGUACCUGGUCAGAGGCAGCCAAUCUGGAUUCCUGACUCUGAAGCUCCAAACUGCAUGAACUGCAGCACUAGGUUCACUUUCACUAAGCGAAGACACCAUUGUAGAGCCUGUGGAAAAGUUUUUUGUGCUGCCUGCUGUAGUCUGAAGUGCCGGCUGCAGUAUCUGGAGAAAGAAGCCAGAGUCUGUGUGCUGUGCUAUGACUCCAUCUCUAAAGUACAGGCUAUUAAGAGGAUGAUGAGCCCAUCUGCUCCUAGUCCAAAUCCCACUGUCCCCUCUGAGUACUGUUCCACCAUUCCUCCUUUCGUGCAGGCACAGGCAGCAGGUACAAUUAACUCUUCGCCGCCCACCAUUUUGGUGCCUGGCUCAGUGCGUAAGCAACCAGGAGCUGAAGGAAUGAAUCCAAAGGAACAGAAAAGAGUGUGGUUUGCAGAUGGCUUAUUACCUAAUGGAGAAGUUGCAGACACAAGUAAACUUGCUGCUGUUGGCAAGAAGGCUGCCCAAGACUCCAGUCCAGCUACUCCAGUUUCACCAGAUUCUGCCAUGGCUGUUGAAUCCUUUCAGGAUGGUUCAAAGCAAUCUGAUAACACCGAGAAGUCAGAGCCCACACAUGAAGUGCCCAUAGCUCAGGUAUCUGCAGCUGAUGAAACAGCUAGUGCCUUCAAAGUGUCUUCUGCAUCAGACCUCAGGAUGCUUUGCUGCAUUGAGAAGUGUGUGAGCCGAGAAGUCAGCCUUAUUCCAGACGAUGAAACAGGUCUGCCUCCCCUGUUAAUGACGGUUGGAGAAAGUGAAGAUGCUGUGUGCUGUGAAAAUAGACCAACUCAUGCAGGAGUCAUGUCGCUUUUGGAAGAAUAUGAGUCUAAUCCAUUAACAUUUAUCCUAAAUGCAAAUCUGCUUGUUAAUGUCAAGCUAGUAACUUAUGCUUCAGAAAAAUGCUGGUUUUUCUCAACUAAUGGAUUGCAUGGAUUAGGCCAAGCUGAAAUUGUCAUAAUUUUGAAUUGCUUGCCGAAUGAAGACUCCGUUCCUAAGGAUGUAUUUAAACUUCUUGUGAACAUCUACAAGGAGGCACAGAAAGGAAAAUAUAUUGGCAAUCUGGAAAACGUUACAUUUACUGAAAGCUUUCUGGAUAGCAAGGAUCAUGGCGGCUUCCUGUUUUUUACACCUACUUUUCAGGAUCUCAGCGGACUGCCCAUACCAAAUAAUCCUUUCUUGUGUGGGGUUAUUAUCCUGAAAAUGGAGGUUCCAUGGGCAAAAGUUUUCCCGAUUCGUUUAAUGUUGACACUGGGGGCUGAAAGUGGUGUAUAUCCAUCUCCUGUAACAAGCCGCAGACAUCGCAAACCUGUAUUUGGAGAGAUUGGACACACUAUAAUCAACUUAUUGACUGACCUUAGAAAUUAUCAGUACACCAUUCCACAUGUAGAGGGCUUGGUAAUUCACAUGGAGAUGGGCAAAAGCUGCAUAAACAUCCCCUCAAAGCGACAUAAUGAGAUUCUUAAAGUAAUUCAUUCAUGCAAUGAACACGUCAUAAGCAUCGGCGCUAGCUUCAGUUUGGAGGCGGACUCCCAUCUGGUUUGUGUGCAGAAUAGUGAUGGAAUCUAUCAGACGCAAGCCAACAGUGCUGCCGGACAGCCUAGAAAAGUUACUGGAGCAAGUUUUGUUGUCUUCAAUGGAGCCCUGAAAACAUCAUCUGGAUUCCUUGCUAAGUCUAGCAUAGUAGAAGAUGGAGUGAUGGUACAGAUAACACAAGAGAUGAUGGAAGCUCUGCGGCAAGCCCUGCGAGACAAAAAAGACUUCAGGAUAACAUGUGGAAGAAUAGAUUCAGGAGACUUGUCUGAAGAAGUGACAAUUCGUUGGGUGGAGACUGUAGACACUAAAAAUAAAGGGAUCAUAAGCCCCAUUGAUGGACAAUCCAUGGAAGGAAUUCCUAGUGAAAGGAUUUGUCAAGACACUGAUUUUGAAGCGCAUGAUAAGGCUGUGAAAUGCACAGAGGUGUUUUAUCUGCUAAGAGACCGUGAACCAGUCAGUGCAACGGCUCACCUUCAGUUUGCUAAAGAGAUAGCGACCGCAUGUGGAGCUGCUCUAUGUCCACAUCUGAAGACUUUAAAGAGCAGUGGAAUGAAUAAGAUUGGGCUACGAGUCUCCAUGGAUAUUGACAUGGUUGAGUAUCGUGCAGGGUCAGGUGGUCAGCCUCUCCCCCAACAGUACUUGAAUGACCUGGACAGCGCCCUCAUCCCAGUCAUCCACAACCGGACCUCAGACACCAGCAUUUUACCUCUGAAGGGUCGUUUUUGGCAAAGAUCAUCUUCUGUUGGAAUCCGGUUGUUCGGCUGCACUAGAAGAGACUGUCAUAUCCUUACAGCCUAUCCGUGGCAGCGCAGCCACCUUUUUGAGUAAACCACUAUAUGACAAAAAUGUGAUUUGA